AUGUCUGCAACAAGAGAACAAGUGUUUCCAACACGUAUGACCUUAGGUCUUAUGAAGACCAAAUUAAAGGGUGCUGAAGUUGGUCAUACACUAUUGAAGCGUAAGUCAGAGGCCCUAACCAAGAGAUUUCGUGAUAUCACGAAGAGAAUUGAUGAUGCGAAGCAAAAGAUGGGUCGUGUUAUGCAAACUGCAGCCUUCUCAUUAGCUGAAGUUACUUAUGCUACUGGUGAUAACAUUAGUUAUCAAGUCCAAGAGAGUGUUUCUACUGCUAGAUUUAAGAUCCGUGCUCGUCAAGAGAAUGUCAGUGGUGUUAUCUUACCACAAUUUGAAUCCUAUAUUGACCCAGAGAUUAAUGAUUUCAAGUUAACUGGUUUAGGUCGUGGUGGUCAACAGGUACAGCGUGCUAAAGAAAUUUACUCAAAAGCGGUUGAAACCCUUGUUGAAUUAGCCUCGUUACAAACUGCAUUUAUUAUUCUAGAUGAAGUUAUUAAAGUCACGAACAGAAGAGUUAACGCUAUUGAGCAUGUUAUUAUUCCAAGAACUAAGAACACCAUUGCUUAUAUUAACAGUGAACUUGAUGAAUUAGAUAGAGAAGAAUUUUACAGAUUGAAGAAAGUGCAAGAGAAGAAACAAUUAGAGGUUGCUAGAUUAGAUGCUGAAAUGGAUGCCGCUAGAAAGAGAGAAGCUGAAGAAAAAGCAAAGAAGGGUGAAGAAACAAGUAUAGAAACACAAUUAGAGGCAACAUCUUUGAAUGAUGAAAAAGACAGUAAUAAUUUGGUUGCAGAAACAGAGGAUGACGUUAUUUUCUAA